CAGCUGUGUGUGUGUGUGUGUUGAUGUUUAUGUGAAGAAAAUCAACGGUUAAGUUUAAAAUUCCUCCACAAAUAUUGACAAACUUCAGUCUUACUGGGGUGUGACACGUGGCCAAAGGUACUAGAUAUAAUUCCCUCGACCUUCACACAUCCUCGAGGGUAUGAAGCAAUGCCAACUAUGAUGCAAUAUAUAAAAGCAGUUGGGUGGUGGAGGUAUGGCUCCCUUGUGUGCUGAAGCUUGGGGGUUGGCCUCAGAUGUCACCGUGCAUUAUCCUCGACUGCCUCCUGCCCAACAGCAUCAUAGUCCCACUCACCUGCCAUAGAGAUGUCACCCUUAGUGAACUUAAAAGUGAAAUAUGGCAGGAGGCGAAGAAGUACCCACUGUAUCGUGUCUUACGUGUACCCGAGGAGUAUGUGUUAGUUGGUGUGACUCAGGAUGCUGAGCAGGAAGAAUUUUGGGAUGAGUCGCGCCGUCUGUGUGACCUACGCCUCUUCUCUCCCAUCCUUAAGAUUGUGGAACCACGUGGCAGCAAGGAAGAGAAAAUCCUUAAUUAUGAGAUCAGUUUGGCCAUUGGGCGGUCAGUCCAUGAUCUGGAGGACUCUAAAGAUGCUGAGUUGCAGGAGUUCAGGAGAAGCAUCAUUAAGGUGGUGGGUGAGGCCGUAAAGGCUCGGCAGCAAUGUGGCUUGGCUUCACUGGCCUGUUACCAGCAUCCUCCCGAGCUGGAGCCAACAGCCAAGCUUCCCACCUCUGUAGAGAAGAACCUGGACCAAGGUUACUUGAUGGUAAAUGUGUGGAGAGGCAGCACAGAAUCAACAAGUGUCCGGAUCACAUGGGACACUUACCCCGAAGGUAUAAUUGCCGAGGCCCUGAAGCGUCUCUCUCCCUCUCACCCUCUGGAUGACUUCAGCUCGGCCCCGCUAGUGCACAAUGCUUCUAGACAUGCACUUAAGAUAUCCGGCACAAAUGAGUACCUGCUUGCCGGUCGUCCCAUCACUCAGUACAAGACAGUUCGAGUGUGGUUAUCCCGUGGCAAAACUCCUCAGCUUUCUGUGGUCUCCCGCGGUGAACUUUACGCCUCCCUCAACACGUUCGAGUUCCUGCAGCCGUCGUAUAUACGUUCUCCAGUCACGAAGUCUUCUCCGCCUCCUGACCACUCAUCCCUGACGUUGUGGCACCCGAGUAUGGACGGACGACUGAAGGUCCACAUCCUCUGGGCAAAGUGCGUCAAUGUGAAGGAGGCUCAGAAGGUCUAUGUUCGGGCUGGAGUUUUCCACGGAGGAGACCAACUGUGCGUCAUCCGCGAGACACAACACGUGGCCGGUAAUAAUCCCAAGUGGGGAGAAUGGAUCCAGUUUGAUCUCCCCAUUCAGGAGAUUCCUCAAGGGGCAAGGCUGUGUCUCUCGGUGUGCUCGGAGCGCCGACACACAGACAAAAAGAAGAGAAAAGAAAAGAUGGUAUACUGUAUGCUGGCCUGGGGUAAUGUCAACAUCUUUGACUUUCGGAAUCAACUUGUCCACAACAGAAUAUCUAUUGCCAUGUUGCCACCACCAAAAGGUUACGAGGACUUGCUCAACCCACUUGGAACUACAGGACACACACCAGGCAAUGACACCACCUGCCUGGAGGUUGGCUUUGAGCGACGGUUCAACCAACGGGUGAUAUUCCCCGACACUCAGCAGAUGGAGGAUUAUGCCCGUUACAUCAUCAAGUUGGAGCGCAGAGAAAGUGACGAGGACAUGGAUAAGCACUCCUCUGACUUGUCUAGAAUCAAUAGGAUAGCAGAACGUGACCCAUUGAGUGAACUGAGUGAUGAAGACAAGGAGUUUCUGUGGUCUAGACGGAGACUCUGCCUAUCUAUGCCUAACUCCCUUCCUAGGCUCCUGGAUGCUGUGAGGUGGUCAUCAAGGGAUCAUGUCAGUCAGUUGUACCUUCUACUAAAGGAGUGGCCGGUUGUGUUACCAGAGACAGCCCUCGAGCUGCUUCAGUGUAAAUAUGCUGACCCGACUGUACGCAGGCAUGCAGUCAAGUCCCUAGACAAGGCCCUUCCUGAUGAAGGCCUAUUUCAGUAUUUGCUACAACUGGUACAGAGUCUGAAGCACGAGCCCUACCUGAACUCAGCGCUUCUUAGGUUUCUUCUGCGGAAAGCUUUAACCAAUGCCAAGAUUGGACACUUCUUUUUUUGGCAGUUGAAAUCAGACGCCUACUUAUGGCCCGGUGCUCAUCGCGUCAUGGUCAUACUGGAAGCUUACUGCCGUGGCCUUGGUCCAGACCUGAGGCCAGUUGUCCGACAAGUGGAAGUAGUAGACAAAUUGACAAGGUUGUCAGAAGCUGUUAAAGAGCGAAGUAACAACAACAAGUACCUGAAAGAACAACUGGCUGAGUCAGAAUACUCCAACGUCUUGCAGCAUCUAACAUCUCCUCUCAACCCAAGCCACUCCCUGGGUCGUCUCAGAAUUUCUGAGUGCCGGGUGUUAGACUCAGCUCGUCGGCCUAUGUGUCUGGUGUGGGAUAAUCCUGAGCCCAUGGCCCCUCACUACUCACUCUCACAUGGCAUAAUCUUCAAGAGUGGAGAUGAUCUCCGACAAGAUAUGCUAACCCUUCAAGUUAUUGGCAUGAUGGCACAGCUGUGGAAUAAUGAAGGGCUUGACCUGCGCAUGAUGCCAUACUCCUGCCUGGCCAUGGGUAAACAAGUGGGUGUUAUAGAGGUGGUGCGAAAUGCCAAAACUGUGUACAACAUCCAGCGUAGCUCCAAGCUGGGAGCCAUCCAGGUUGACUCCUCCCAGUUGUACAAGUGGAUCCGUGAUAAAAACAAAGGCCUCAGGUUGGAACAGGCAAUAGAUAACUUCACUCGGUCCUGUGCGGGCUACUGCGUGGCCACUUUUGUGCUGGGCAUUGGUGACCGUCACCCAGACAACAUCAUGGUCAAUCAGGAAGGACUGAUAUUCCACAUUGACUUUGGACAUUUCUUGGGAAAUUUCAAGAAGAAAUUUGGUAUCAAUCGGGAGCGCGUACCAUUUGUCCUGACGCAAGACUUCCUGCGGGUGAUUGCUGGAGGAGCAGAAAAUCCAAAGGAAAGUCAAGAGUUCCAGAGGUUUCAAGAGCUUUGUGGCAAGGCAUAUUUGGCCCUGCGCAAGUAUCACCGCCUCAUUAUUAACCUCUUCACACUGCUACUGUCUACCGGCAUGCCAGAACUCCAAACCCCAGAGGAUAUAGCCUAUCUGCGUAAGACCUUGGCUGUUGGGGCCUCGGAGCAGGAAGCACUGGAGUACUUCCAGAACAGGUUUUGUGAGGCUUAUGGAGGCGCGUGGACGACAAAGCUUGACUGGUUCUUUCACUAUGUAAAGCACAGGUAGUAUCUUAAUUCAACGGCUGGACACAGGACUUUGCAUUGGUUUCUGUUGGUGUUUUUUUUGGCAUACUUCUGAGUUUUGUUUCGUUGCUUCUCAUGUGACUUGCAGAGAUCAUGGUGGGUUGGAAGGAUGGUCCAUUGUCAUACACCAUAAGUUUUUUUAGUUUUUUCAACUCUGUUAUUAAAGGAAAAAUAGUUAUUAAAACAACUGUAAUAUGAUGUUGUUCUUUGUGAGUGAUAUUUGUAAGUUGAAGUUAAGGAUGGAAGUCAUAUUGUUUGGUAUGACUUGUUUUAUAAUGUAAUGUAUGUUGACAGACAAAAAGCAGCUUUACCUGAACUCCUUUAUUUUCCCUCACUCUGAUAUAUGUGUUAAGCAUACAGUACCUGAAUGGGCUUUUAUAGAUCUCUAGAACAAAUAAAAUAAAGAAACUACAGGUAUGUUGUCUGUGGUUAGUAGAUACGACGUAAAGUUUGGAUGUGGUGCAUCGGAAACAUGUUCCUCUGUCCAUCCAUUCUGAAACAGUAAUCAGAACUACGUAGGUAUGUGUGUGUCAUUCCACUUUUCACCACAUUUUGUAAUUUUUCAUGUGUAUAUUUUUUCCCAUUUGAUUCUCCCUGAUUCUAUAUGGUCAGAGUUUUAAUGGCAUGUCUUGUAUGAAUGACUGGAUGAGGUAUUAGCCUGUAUGAUUAUUUAUCUUACGCCCACAAAGGGAUGAUAAAUAAAACCUUAACUCGAGCCACUGAUGGGAACGUGUCUCCUUAACGUAUUGAUUUUUUUAAAGAUUUUUGUACUUAAGCAUUAUGUGUUGUGACAUUCCAUAAGGCAAUAGUUGAUUGCGACUUUAUAUCUCAUGAAGCUGAGAAUGACAGGUGAUUCAGAUUUGUCAGUAGGAGUGUUAAUAGGAUGCUUGUAUACUGUAUGUAGUCUAGGUGUUUGUAGGAUGUUCUUAUGCUGAGUGUACAUAGGAUGCUCGUUGCUAAGUGUAUGAAGAAUGCUUUUACACUGACUGUACAUAAGCUGCUUGUAUGUAGGAUGCUUGUAUACUGAGUGUAUGUAGGAUGCUUGUAUGCCGAGU